ACCACCCGCCAGACGCGCCGAUUCAAGAUGGCGAAGGACCUGGAUGAGCUGCUGGACGAAGUCGAGACCAAAUUCUGCAGACUCGACCCCCUGAGGCUGGGCCUGGGCGAGCAGCCCACGGGCGGCGGCGGCACGCACAGCGGCGACCGGACGCGAGCCCGGGAGGAAGAGAACCUCAGAUCAACAGAACCAUGUAAAAAAGAAGAUGACCUUGACAGUCUUAUUAAUGAGAUAUUUGAGGAGCCUAACUUUGAUAACAAGUCUUUUCAAAAAUUGAAAUCCAAAUCUUCAAGUAAUACAUCUGUCAGAGCUUCCAUUCAAGGCCUCAGUAAGAGUUGCAGUCCAGUGUAUCUCAGUGGAAGCACCAUUCCAUGUGGGAUUGGAACAAAUACUUCACAGAGAGCAUGUGACCGUCUGCGUUGUGUGGCCUGUGACUUCCGGAUAGUGAGCUACAAUGACUAUAUGUGGGACAAGUCAUGCGAUUACCUGUUCUUCAGAAACAACAUGCCGGAAUUGCACAAACUGAAAGCAAAGUUGAUCCAGAAGAAAGGAGCACGAGCGUAUGCCUGCCAGUGUAGCUGGAGAACUGUUGAAGAACUGACCGACCUGCAGACGGAUCGUCAGCUUCGCUGGGUCUGUGGUAAACACUGAGGACGCACACUGUUCACAUUCCAGUAGCUGCCUCUGCGAGAGCCAGCCAGCUCCGCUCGCCACACUUGGGUAACAGCACAUAGCAGGACUACGCCCUUGGACACAGGCAAUGAAUUUUAUGCAACUACAAAUUUUUGAAGACCAAAUGGACUGGGAAGACAUUGUACUGCGACACCUUGACAUUAUUCCUUUUAACAUGGACAUUUUACUUAGCAGGGUAAAAAUGUCUGAAUUUACUAGCCUAUCUCCUGUUAGGGAUUGAAAUUGUAGCAUUCGUGUAAAUUUACAGCCGUUCCGUAGCAACUGUAGCACUGACUGCUAAUGCUUUCUGACACACUCCUCCUGUGUUGUGGUAAACAAGCACCCAGUGGCCAGAGCAGAAAGGUUAUUGUAUGUGAGUGUUCAUGGUCCCUGCUCUGAUCCAUGAUUAUCAGAGACUGUAAGUUAGACAUGAGAAAGAUGACCAUUGAUUAACUGGAGGGUUGUCAAGAGUACAGUAUGUUGUAAACCCUGCCUUACAUGUAUCUCAUCUUGUCUCACCAACUCAACUCAGUAUUAUGCACAAUAAUGAUAGUAAUAGUAAAGUUACCAUUGUUAGCAUAUUCCCCUUCUGUGUUCAUUGAAAUAUCAAAAGGUAGUUUUCUAUUGGCAAAUAUCUAUUUAAAUAUAAAAGAGUUUUGAUGUAACUAAAAUUACUAAAGUUUUUCAAGUAUACUCCAUAAUCCCAUCAAGUGAGCAGCAACCUUCUCAGGCGCUGUGGACUUUCUAGUACUGUUAGGUUGAUACGUCAUUUAUUGGCACAUAGCUAACCAGUGGGUAGCCUGUUGGGCUCCUGCCUAAUAUCACUGAGAUGGGAAGAACUGUAUCAUAGUGACACGGUCAAGAAAUGCAUUAUCUCAGUUUCACUUCCCAGUGCCAAAGACAUUUUGGGACCUUUCUAGUCUGCCAAAAUUCUACCCUGAACACCUACUUCCCGCGUGUCUAUAACUUUUGGUUUAAGUGUGUGACACAGGGCACCCUGAAAGGACAUAAAUUUUAGCACAGAUAUGAUCGGUUUUAUGUUAACGUCAUUCCAGCCACCUAGCAACACUCUGAUCACUGAAAGCCUUUUCCUAGGCUGGGGUCUGACUCAGUGGUAGAUUUGCUUGUAAUAGCAUAUACAAGGCCCUAAGUUCAUCCCCAGCAGUACAAAACCAGAGAAAAAAAGAUAGAAAAGCAAGCUUUUCCUGCCCACAACACAUUUAUGUCCGUGUAAACAUAAUUGCAAUAAAAGAAAUCUUAAAGUGGCUGAUGCUCACACUUUUGUAUUAAUAUAUGUUUACAAGUUUUAUCUUUCAAUAAAUCUUUUUACUCCCCAAAA